UUAAGUAUUAGAUAACUUUAAUGGCUGCGGCUACAUUGCGAAUUCGUAUAAAAAGCGCACGCCAAAUACGAUUAAGCAACCACUAGUUGAACUGUCUUCAGCCGAACAACUCAACGCAAGCAAACUCAGUGAAAAUGAAAUUCUUCGCCGCCGCCGCCUUCAUUGCCACUUUGGCCUUUGCCAGCGCUGAUGUCUCCCACUUGGGCUAUGGUUACGACCAACCCGCUGCUAGCGCACCAUCCAACCAAUACAUCCCACCUGCAGCCAGCGCUCCAGCUCCAGUCUACUCUGCCCCAGCUCCAUCCUACUCUGCCCCAGCUCCAGUUUACCAACCAGCCGCUGCUGCCCCAGAACCCGUCUACUCUGCUCCAGCACCAGCUCCAGUUUACCAACCUGCACCAUCUGCUCCAGUCUCAUCUUACAUUCCCCCUGCAGCCAGCGCUCCAGCUCCAGUCUACUCUGCCCCAGCUCCAUCCUACUCUGCUCCAGCUCCAUCCUACUCUGCCCCAGCUCCAGUUUACCAACCAGCUGCAUCUGAAGUCUAUGAGCAACCUGCUCAAGAUGGUUACAGAUACCGCACUGUGCGUCGUCGUGUCCUCAAGCACCGUCGUUUCUAAACUGUGAACUGAUUUUCGAAAUAAAUUUGUUGUUAACUGGUAAAA